UGUACACUGACAGAGCUAUCAUCAUCUUUCAUCGGAUAAGUUUCAAUUGUCAGCAAACGGAUUUACCAACAGUAUUUCUUAAAACAAACUUGCAAGACUUCACAACAACAACUWCUCAACAAUAUCUACUGAACAUAUAUCUAUCAUGGAACUCACUAUAACACUUUUGAACGGGAACUCACUUCCCCUGAAGGUUCAGCCACACACCACCGUGGGGUCUCUCAAGAGUUUGAUUAAACAACACUUUGAAGUGCCCACAACAAAGCAGAGGCUGGUAGGUGUCAAUGGGAGCAACAUCAGUCUCAGCGAUGAUUCAAAAACUUUGAGCGACUAUGGCCUGCAUUCAGGAUSUAAAGUGAUGGUGCUGAUUACGGAGCCCGCUCCUAUCCAGGUGUUCCUGAAAAACGAAAAGGGCCAGACACACACAUAUGAUGUGGUGCCUGGUGAGACUGUAACCCAGUUCAAAGCCAAGGUACAAAACAAGGAGGGAGUCCCUGCCAACCAACAGAGGCUGAUUCAUGAGGGUAGGCAGCUGGAGGAUGGCCAGAGGCUGGAGUACUACAACAUCACAAACCAAAGCACCAUCCAUCUGACGCUCCGUCUAAGGGGAGGCUGAAGAAACCCAGGAUCGACCUGAAACCACCUGUCACAUGAAGCCCUUAACUUAUUAUGCAUUCCAUGUCUAUAGAGAAAAAGCAAUCAAUCUUGAACAAAAAUGUGAAUUGUUCUACAUUUGUAUUCAAUUGUAAACUUUAAAUUAAGCAUGGCUGAUAUAAGCGUAUAUUAAUGAGAUUGUUAUCAAGUAAUAAACAUGUAUAAAACUAAAA